ACUUCCCUUUUUGUCUCACAGACAUUUUGUUGUACUUUGAGCAGCAGACACUUUAUUGUGCUGCGCUACCUAUAUAGUCCUAUGCAGGAGUUAAUCAGUGUGUGGGUCCGGGAUCCUCGCAUUCAGAAGGAUGACUUCUGGCAUGCAUAUCUGGAUUAUGAAAUCUGCAUACAUACAAACAGCUUGGCUUUCAAUAAGAAAAGCUCUUGUGUUCGAAGGAGGUAUAGUGAGUUUGUCUGGUUGAGGCAGAAGCUGCAGGAGAAUGCCUUGCUUGUAGUGAAUCUUCCUGAGCUUCCCCCAAAGAACCCCUUCUUCAGUCUCAACAAUGCCAGACAGAUCACUGCUCGCAUGGAAGGACUAAGGCACUUCCUGGAAGAGAUCCUGCGCAACCCAGUGCUGCUGUCUGAUAGUUGUCUGCACCUUUUUCUCCAGUCUCAGUUGAGUAUAAAAAAUAUUGAGGCCUGUGCUGAGGGCAAGAGCCACUACACUGUCACUGAAGCUAUUCAGAACUUCCAGACACAACGCUUUGGCUCUGAAGAGAAAACACAUGAUGAUAGGGAAAAUGAUUCAGAAUGACUGGCUUUUGUCACAUUUUAUUUUAGUCAUGACUCUUGAUUAAUCUCUGAAAAAAAAAACUAUUAAUCAUAGUGUGUUUGCCAAAGCAUCCAGAUUUCAAUGUGUCCAACCCAAAUAAAAUAAAUGUUACAUACAAUGUAAUUGCUAAAUGAUUAAUAUAAGCUGCUCUUCCACUUUCAUUUUUUUGUGCUGUGACUAUGUACUCUGUGUAUAUAAUAUUUAUCUUUAUUGCCCAAUAAUAAAGCCUUAUUGGGACUGAA